UCGCCAUUAAACUGUUUCCUUGCACAAAAUUCUUCAUUUCGGCUUUCAAUUUUCGUGUGUGGUGGUUGAGCUGAGGGGAAGAUGGAGGGAGUGGAUUACUUAGCCGGCGAGAGGAGGAAGGCGGGGUUCGACGUUGACGAAAUGAAGAUCGUCUGGGCCGGCUCUCGCCACGCCUUCCAACUCUCCGAUCGAAUCUCCAAACUCGUCGCAAGUGAUCCUGCAUUUAGUAAGGAUGGCAGGACCACGAUGCCUAGGAAGGAGCUGUUUAAAAAUACCUUAAGGAAGGCAACUUAUGCAUGGAAACGGAUCAUUGAACUCCGUCUUACUGAGGAAGAGGCAACUAAACUUAGGGUCUAUGUAGAUGAGCCUGCUUUUACAGAUCUUCAUUGGGCGAUGUUUAUUCCAGCUAUUAAAGGAUCUGGCUCGGAGGAACAGCAACAGAAGUGGUUGCCGUUGGCCUACAAGAUGCAAAUAAUUGGCUGCUAUGCACAAACUGAACUUGGCCAUGGUUCCAAUGUCCAAGGCCUAGAAACCACUGCCACAUUUGAUCCCCAAACAGAUGAAUUUAUUAUUCAUAGUCCUACAUUGACUUCAAGCAAGUGGUGGCCUGGUGGAUUGGGUAAAAUCGCUACCCACGCUGUUGUUUAUGCUCGUCUUAUAACAGAGGGUAAAGACCAUGGGGUUCAUGGAUUUAUUGUUCAACUCCGGAGCUUGGAGGACCAUAAACCUCUUCCUGGUAUAACUGUUGGAGAUGUUGGAAUGAAAUUUGGAAAUGGUGCAUAUAACACCAUGGACAAUGGGGUGUUGAGAUUUGAUCAUGUGCGUAUUCCGAGAGAUCAGAUGUUGAUGAGGGUUUCACAAGUUACAAGAGAGGGGAAAUAUGUGCAAUCUAAUAUUCCUCGACAGAUUCUUUAUGGGACUAUGGUGUUUGUCCGACAAACCAUUGUAUCAGAUGCUUCUUCUGCUUUGUCCCGUGCAGUAUGCAUUGCUACUAGAUAUAGUGCUGUGCGUAGACAAUUUGGUUCACAAGAUGGUGGACAGGAAACACAGGUAAUAGACUAUAAAACACAGCAGAGUAGGCUCUUCCCUUUGUUGGCUUCUGCCUAUGCCUUCAGAUUUGUUGGCGAGUGGCUUAAAUGGUUGUACACCGAUGUAACCCAAAAACUGCAAGCUGGUGACUUCUCGACAUUGCCCGAGGUUCAUGCAUGUACUGCAGGGUUGAAGUCUUUGACUACUUCUGCUACAGCUGAUGGAAUUGAAGAAUGCCGCAAAUUAUGCGGAGGUCAUGGCUAUUUGUGUAGCAGUGGGCUUCCAGAAUUAUUUGCUGUUUAUGUCCCUGCUUGUACUUAUGAAGGAGAUAAUGUCGUGUUACUUCUACAAGUUGCUCGGUUUCUCGUGAAGACUGUUUCACAGCUGGGAUCUGGUAAACAGCCUGUGGGGACUAUAGCUUAUAUGGGGAGAAUCGAGCAUCUAAUGCAAUGUCGUUCCAAUGUUCAGCAAGCCGAGGACUGGCUGAAGCCUAGUGCAGUUUUGGAGGCUUUUGAAGCGAGGGCCGCAAGAAUGUCUAUUUCAUGUGCGAGGAACGUGAGCAAGUUUGCCAAUCCAGAAGAUGGUUUUGCUGAACUCUCGGUUGAUUUGGUAGAAGCAGCAGUUGCUCACUGCCAACUAAUUGUCGUCUCCAAGUUUAUCGAAAAAUUACAGCAAGACAUUCCGGGGAAAGGGGUGAGGCAGCAGCUGGAAGCUCUUUGCAGCGUCUACGCUCUCUUCCUCCUCCAUAAACACCAAGGCGAUUUCCUCGCCACCGGCUACAUAACGCCAAAGCAGGCCUCGCUUGCCAAUGACCAGCUCCGAGCUUUGUACACCCAGGUGCGCCCGAAUGCUAUUGCACUCGUUGAUGCAUUUAACUACACUGACCACUUCCUUGGCUCGAUUCUUGGUCGCUACGAUGGGAAUGUGUACCCAAAACUUUACGAGGAGGCUUGGAAAGAUCCCUUGAACGCAACAGUCGUGCCCGAUGGCUACCAUGAAUACAUCAGGCCGCUCCUGAAGCAACAACUGCGAAGCGCCAGACUAUGAUCGAAGCGCCAUCGAAUAUAUCUCCAGUGUUACUAUAUAAAUGGAAACCCAUUCUGCUAUUAUAGACUUAUAAUAAACUUUAUCUUUGUAGCAAAAAUAACAACAAUAACAAUAGUAAUAAUACCCAUUUUGUGUAUCAGGUUUUAUGAUUGAGCAACUAUCCAUAUUUAGGGAAAAGAAUAAUGUUGUACUGAGCACUUAAGAAGUAGUAAUAUUUUUCACUUGUUUGGUCUUGAUAAUAAAAUAUACCCAUUUUGUA